AUGAUCUCAAAAAUCAUGAAGUGGCCGGUGUGUGUGAAUGUCUCGGAAGUACAGGGUUCCUUGGGGGUCGCGGGUGUUGUGAGGAAGUGGGUAGAAGGCUUCGCAGAGAAGGCUUUGCCUUUGGUGAAGCUGACAAAGAAAGAUGUUGAGUUUGUGUGGGGGGAAGAUGAACAGAAAGCAAUGGAUACCUUGAAGCAUGCUGUCACAAUGUGCCCUGCAAUUCGGCCCAUCGACUACACCUCCAACUUAGAGGUUAUCCUCUCCGUCGACUCAUCCAUGAUCGCAAUCGGGUAUAUUCUUGCUCAACUUGAUGAUAAAGGACAACGACGCCCUGCGCGAUUUGGUUCAAUGACACUGAAUGAAUGUGAGGCGAAGUACUCACAGGCAAAAAUCGAGCUCUAUGGCUUGUUCCGUUCACUGCACGCUGUCAAGAUUUACAUUAUUGGCAUCCAAAACCUGACUGUAGAGGUCGAUGCGAAGUACAUCAAGGGCAUGAUCAACAACCCAGAUAUGCAUCCCAAUGCUGCCAUGAACCAGUGGAUAGCUGCGAUUUUGAUGUUCGACUUCAAACUUGUCCAUGUUCCGGGGAAAUUUUUCAGAGGACCUGAUGGGUUAUCAAGAAGAAGAGGAGCAGAUGAUGAUGACUGCGUCGAGAAUGAGGGUGAGAGCACUGACGAGUGGGUGGAGGAAAUUUUGAUGUGUGGUGUGUGGGUGGCUUCGAGCUUGGAGUCGGGGGUGUUUGAAGUGGGAAACAAGAGAAUUGGGGCGAAGGGUUUGGUUCUGGCUUAUGGGAGGAAGUGCGUGGAGGCGACUGAUGAAGGGGAGCUGCCGGUGAACGAUGUUGGGAGAAAGAAGGACAAAGACUUACGGAAGGUGGAAAAGUAUUUGUCGAUGCUGAAACCGCCUGCGGGCUUGGAUGCCAAAGGCCUAUGCAAAUUCUUCAAGAGAGCUUCAUGUUUCUUCUUGGCUGGAGGCCGACUAUGGUACCGAGAACGCGACGGACGGCAUCGUGUUGUGCUAUUUGAACAGGAUCGCCUACUGGUGCUGAAGACGGCUCAUGAUGAACUCGGCCACAAGCGCUUCUAUCCGACGAGACAACAGGUAGCGACACGCUUCUACUGGCCAACUAUGUGGUUCAAUCGCGCUGAUAGCUGCUUUAUCGUGUGA